AUGUCAUCACAGGCUGUCGAACACCUCAGCACUCAGUUAAGGGGCCAGUUUGCAGGCAGAGAACCUUGCAAGUUCCAGGUGCAGAUGAUUCAAGCACAAGAAGAGCGUUGCGAUGCUAUUUGCCAGGCUGCGACAGGCAUGGGUAAAACAGCCAUCACAGCCGGACCUUACGCGCUGGAGAAAAACAAAGGGAGGGUGACAUUCAUGAUAUCACCCCUAAUUGGGCUGCAAAAUGAAAUGGCUGAAACCUUCCAAGAAGAAUACCAUGUAUCCGCCAUAGCAGUCAACAGUGCACAUCGCGGAUAUACAUGGGAGCUCAUGCGGUACAUCAUCAAGGGGAAGUAUCAAAUUGUGCUCAUAUCCCCCGAGAUGCUACUGUCUCGCCAGUUCAUUGACAAUGUCCUUUGUGCUCCCGAACUGGCAUCAUGGACACCAUUCAUUGCUUUGUCUGCCUCGCUUACUCAGCGCGUCACACUCAACAUUGUCGAGAAGUUGCAGUUCACCCGUUCUGCUCACUUGUACCUGAAUCUUGGCAACAAUCGUCCAAAUAUGUCGCUUGCCCCAUACAACGCAGUCCAUACAAAUGAGUACCGCACAGAGGCAAUGCAACAGUUUCGAAGUGGUGAUAUACGAAUCUUGGUGUGCACGGACACCACUGGGAUGGGCUGUAAUAUCCCAGAUAUCGACAUUGUCGUGCAGUGGAAACUGCCAGACAAACUCUCGAGCUUUGUUCAACGAGCAGGACGGGCGGCUCGAGCCCCUAAUAAAACAGGGCUUGCAAUUUUAUUGGUUGAGCCAAAUGCAUACUCUAUAGCAACCCACAAUCCUCCUGCAGUCCAUUCACGCCAGAAUAACUCCAACGCUCGACGCUUGAAGCCCUACACCAAGUCUAAGGCAGGUACAACGAAGAAAGCGAGUCAAGAUUACGCACGAGCACAUGGUCACUUCCACAGUGGAUGGACCACCGCACACGACGUCAUAGCACCAGGAGGCGUCAGCCUCACAUUCAACCCUCAAGAUCCCACGGAAGGACUGUAUCUUUUCGUCCAGGCUACAACAUGUCGUCGGUCCAUCCUAUGCAAGGUGUUUGAUAAUCCUGAACCUAAUCCCAUGGUGGUUUAUUGUGAUAUAUACAACCCCACAUUGUUAAAUCAGACCCAACCCGGGACCAAGAAGCGCCGCGCUGCAAGAGAGGCAAGUAAGACCGCUUUUGGACGCCCUAGCACUAUCACAACCAACACGCUCCGGACGUGGCACGACACCAUCCUUGCACACAAUGCUCCAGAUCAGCUCUAUCUGACAUUGAAUUACCUCGCACCAAACUGGCAGCUCUGGCCCAAAUAUGGGCCUGAGUUGUCUUAA